AUGGAUGGUUUCAUUUUCAUUGUUUCGCUAGAAGGGAGAAUUCUGUACAUAUCGGAAACAGCUUCUGUUCUACUGGGUUUGUCUCAGGUUGAAAUGACUGGAAAUGAAAUGACUGAAUAUUUGCAUCCAUUGGAUCAUGAUGAACUGAAACAGAUACUUACUGUUCAUCCAUCAGAAAUAGCUGCUAAUUCUGGUCAGUCAGAGUUCACACUUGAACGCAGCUUUUUCUUACGUGUAAAGUGUGUCUUAGCCAAAAGGAAUGCUGGAUUAACUACAGCUGGUUUCAAAGUAAUACACUGUAAUGGACAUUUACGUGUUCGUGUUAUUCACCUAGAUGGAUAUCAGUAUUACCAAAAUUUAGGCUUAAUAUCAUUCGCCUAUGCAAUUCCUUCACCGAAUACAAAUAAUACAGAAAUACGCUUAAGUAUGGAUAUGUUCAUGUUCCGUGCCAGUUUAGAUUUAAAAUUAAUCUUUUUGGAAGGCAGAAUUUCUCAAAUAACCGGUUUUCAACCACAAGAACUGGUGGAUAAAACACUUUAUCAGUUGGUACACACAGCAGAUGUUGGAUCCUUAAGACAUUCUCAUGAAAUACUUUUAAAUAAAGGUCAAGUUACAACACCAUAUUAUCGUCUGCUGAAUAAAUCUGGAGGUUGGGUGUGGAUACAAUCGUAUGCAACCAUAAUUCACAACAGUAGAUCCUCAAGACCAAACUGUAUUGUCAGCGUGAAUUAUCUUCUAUCUGAAAUUGAAUGUCGCGAAUAUUGUCUAUUAAAUGAUCCUCUAGUAUAUGAAGAUAUCGUUAAUCAGCACCAACAAACAAAAACGAAUCAUUUGCUGACUACUACACCACCACCUCCAUCGUCAAAAUUAUCAAACAAAACUAACGUUAAUUAUGUCAACGAUUCAAAACAUAAAAUGAGUGAAUACUUUCACAAUGAGUAUGCAAUGAGAAUUCCCUACAGAGAACAUGAUGAUCUUGCACAUAAACGUAUACGCCGAUGUAAUACUGACAGCAAUCAACAUCAAGAGGUUAUUGGUAUUAGUGUAGUUACUAAUGAUGGUAAUAUUCAUGAUACUAAACAAAAUUCCUUGUUGAAAUCUGAUAUUGUGUCAACUCAUUCAACAAAUGUCAUAGAACGUUAUUUUGAUAGUCAGAAUCAACAGAGUUUGAAGUCUACGCUUUCUACAGAUGCGUCUCAACCUUCGUACGACUUAUGGGCAACUGAACUGCACAAACAACAAGAAUAUUCAGACCAGAAACAUGCUACAGUUUAUCCGAAGAAAAUAAAUAAACUAUUAAAUUGUACAAGUUCCAACUAUUCAAUGUACAGUGAAUGCUCCAAGGAGAAUGACAAUUAUCAGUCACUUCUACAAUGGUCUCAUGUGAAUUUUGAUUCAGACAAUCGCUCACAUUAUCAAAAUCGUCAUGACCGCCAAAAUGAAUCACACUUGUUAUUUAAUAAUUUUGCAAUUACUCCCGGAGAUAGACGAGAAGCAGGGAUAGUACCAUUGCCCACACACUCGGAAAUGACAACGAAGUUAGAUGAUGUAAAUUUUCCCCGUGAAAAGUUAAAUAUGACUCAACAAAAUAAUCAUGACAUAAAAACAGAGUCUAUGAAAAACUUCAGCGAAACAAGUGAGACAGUAUUUCGGAAUGACAAAGUUCCAAUGGUAAAUGAUUUAGGGCAAUCGGAUUAUCAAAAAGAUGUAAUGGUUGUAGUACAGGAGGAAGAAGACGUUGAUGGAGAAGAAGAAGAAGAAGAAGAGGAAGAAGAAGAAGAAUACAAUGAUGAUGAAGAUGAUGAAAAUGAGGGUGAACAAGAUGACAACGAUUGAGAAUUUAUCCAUCACACUUUUUUUCAGUUAACUGUAGCAGACUAGUUAUUUGUGUAGCAUCUUUUAUCCCAUAUGCACAGUUUAUGUCAAAGUUAAAGUAGUCCUA